AUGUCAUACAUGGAUCUAAAACCCUACACCAUCUUCACCAACUUUCUCUUUCUCUUUCUCAUACUCAUGACUCUCCCUUCUUUUUCUAAAGGAGGAUCAGAAGCAUUGGAUUCAGAGAUUUAUGAGAUUGAUUAUAGAGGUCCGGAGACUCACUCGUUUGUGCCUCCACCUAAUCAUUCCCAUGGUAAGACUCAUUUACCUCAUCACAAAAGCUAUGCAGAUGCAAACAAAGCUAUGGGCUUAACUACCAUGAAACAAAAGGUUAAAAAAGUUCAUGGAUAG